AUGGCUCGAUUGUACGAAAACGUUGACCAGGACCAGCUCCAGCGUGAUGCUGACGACUCGCUGUUGCAUUAUGGCACAUCCUUCCAUCCAGAAGUCAUUGUUCAUGCCGAAGGCCGAACGAUCGUGGGUAGCUCUGGACUUCGGAUGCUGGACUGGACCUCAGGGCAGAUGUCAACGUUGAUCGGCCAUGGAAAUCCAGAGAUCGUCGAAACGAUUCACAGCCACGCGAAGAAUCUUGACCAUCUCUUCUCGGGCAUGCUGAGUCCGCCUGUGAUCUCUUUGGCAAAGCGUUUGACGAGCUUGACGCCCCCGGGAUUAGACAAGGCGUUCUUCUUGAGCACCGGUGGCGAGAGCAAUGAGGCUGCGAUCAGACUCGCGAAGUUCUAUACUGGCAAGUUUGAGAUCGUCGGGCUAGCGGCGAGUUGGCAUGGUGUCACUGGCACGGCGAUCGGAGCACAGUACCACGCCGGAAGGGCAGGUUAUGGUCCCAACAUGCCUGGCAACUUCGCCUUGCCAACGCCAAAUGCAUACCGAUCAAUCUUUCGACAUCCAGACGGCUCCUACGACUGGCGCACUGAGCUUGACUAUGGCUUCGACCUGAUCGACAAGCAGUCAUGUGGUUCGUUAGCAGCACUGAUCCUGGAGCCCAUCCUAUCUUCUGGAGGAAUGCUAGUCCUUCCACCCGGCUACCUCAAGGCUGUGAAGGAGCACUGCGAGCGACGAGGGAUGUUGCUGAUUAUUGACGAGGCUCAGACUGGCAUUGGUAGAGCUGGCGACAUGUUCGCUUUCCAACACUUUGCCGAGGACGAGGGUGUGGUGCCGGAUGUCCUGACGCUGAGCAAGACGUUGGGUAAUGGUCUUCCACUCAGUGCUGUGGUGACAAGCGACAGGAUUGCCGAGUUUGCCAAGGAGAACCACUUCUUGUUUUACACAACUCACAUAAACGAUCCAUUGCCGGCCAGCGUUGGUGAUAAGGUGCUCGAGAUAGUUGUCAGAGACAAUCUGGUGCAACGCUCGCGGGAGCUAGGCCAGAAGUUCCAGAAAAGGCUACAGACUAUCAAGUCUCGUUACGGCUGCAUCGGCGACAUCAGAGGGCGAGGUCUCAUGGCCGGGUUGGAAAUAGUGGCUGAUCGCGAGACGAAGAUAGGAGACCCAGAGCUGGGGGCUGCGGUCGGCACCAAGAUGACAGAACUUGGGCUGUGGGCGCAGCUCAGCACAAUGCCAUCUUUUGGUGGAGUAUUUCGAUUGGCGCCGCCUCUCACGACCACCGAUGAGGAGUUGGAGACUGCCCUUAAGAUCAUUGAGGAUGCUCUUGCGUCGACGCCUGGAACCAAGCCGCUGUACUCGGUGACGGAGCGGACAGUCUCGACGCCUCAAGUUGAAGCAAGGCUUUGA